CCGGCUCAUCCAGCGAUGGCGACCGGGGGCUGCGCGGGCUGCGGGCGGGACGCGCGGGCGGAGGACGGGGCGGCGGCGGCGGCGGAGCUGAUGAGCCGCUACGAGGGCCGGGCGGCGGGGCGCGGGGUGCCGCGGUUCGGGUGGCGGCUGUGCCUGGCCCACCGCUUCGCCGAGCGCAGGAAGCCCCUGCAGGCGGGCGACGUCUCCCCCGCGCACGCCCUGCGGCACCUGGGGCUGGCCUUCAGGUACCUCGGCUGGUGGUACCGGAAGACGCACGUGGAGAAGCGGCUGCCCUUCAUCGACCUGCUGCACCCGCAGCCGCUGCGCCCGAUCUACGGCUGCCCGCUGGGGGGCCUGGGCGGCGGCACCGUCACGCGCGGCUGGCGCGGCGACUUCUGCAGGUGGCAGCUCUCGCCGGGCAUGUACCAGCACCGGGCCGUGACGGCGGACCAGUUCACGGUCUGCCUGCGGCGGAAGGGCCGGACGGUCUACCAGCAGGUGCUCUCCCCCGAGAGGCCCAGCCGGCUGCAGGGCUGGAACUGGGGCUUCUGCGGCCACUACGCCUUCUACCACGCGCUCUACCCGCGCGCCUGGACCGUCUACGAGCUGCCUGGGCAGGAGGUGGUGCUGACCUGCCGGCAAAUCACGCCGGUCAUCCCGCACGACUACCAGGACUCGAGCCUCCCUGUGGGCGCUUUCGUCUGGGAGGUGGAGAACAAGGGCACGGAGGAGCUGGAGGUCUCCAUCAUGUUCACCUUCCAAAACGGCACGGAGGCCAAGGAGGACCGCCGGGGCGGCCAUUGGAACGAGCCCUUCAGCGUGGAAAAGGGGGGCAGCUGCGUCCGUGGGGUGUUGCUGCACCACAUGACUCCUACGAACCCCUACACCCUAGCCAUCUCUGCCCGGGAGAAGGAAGGUGUUGCUGUUACCCACCUCACAGCCUUCAACCCUGCUGGCACCGGGCAGGAGGUUUGGCAGGAUCUCUUGGCGGAUGGCCGGCUGGCAUCUCCUCAAGGUCAGAGCCCCCCCACGGAGAAGGGGGAGGUGUGUGCGGCAGCCGUGUGUGCCACGUGCGUGGUGCCCGGUCACGGGCAUGGGGUGCUGGAGCUGGGCCUGGCCUGGGACAUGCCUCGCAUCCGCUUUGGAUCAGCGGAGAAGGAGCAUCGCCGGUGGUACACCCGCUUCUUUGGCAGCGACGGGAACGCCUGCCCGGCACUCUCCCACCACCUGCUCAGCCGCUACGAGGCCUGGGAGGAGAAGAUCGUGGCCUGGCAGGGGCCCAUUUUGGCAAACAGCGACCUGCCCCCCUGGUACAAGUCGGCCCUCUUCAACGAGUUGUACUUCCUGGCCGAUGGAGGCACCCUCUGGCUGGAGCUGCGACCCGAGGACAGGGAGGCCUUGCGGGAUGCCCAGGGCCUCUCCCAGCUGCUCCCAGUCUUGCAAGAAUACGGGAGGUUUGCCUAUCUGGAAGGCCAGGAGUACCGGAUGUAUAACACCUACGACGUCCACUUCUACGCCUCCUUUGCGCUUGCCAUGCUGUGGCCCAAGCUGGAGCUCAGCCUGCAGUACGAUAUGGCUGCUGCAGUGCUGAACGAGGAUGCUCACCCUCGGCAGUAUCUCAUGAGUGGACAGACGGCCCCAGUGAAGCUGCGCAAUGUAGUUCCACACGACAUCGGAGAGCCAGAUGAUGAGCCCUGGCAGCGGGUCAACGCCUACCUGAUCCAUGACACGGCCGCCUGGAAGGACCUCAACCUGAAGUUCGUGCUACAGGUCUACCGGGACUACUUCCUCAUGGAGGACGCGACCUUCUUGCGGGACAUGUGGCCUGUCUGCCAGACCGUGAUGGACUCAGAACUGAGGUUCGACACAGAUGGAGACGGCCUCAUCGAGAACUCGGGCUUUGCCGACCAAACCUACGAUGCCUGGGUGGCCACUGGAGCCAGCGCCUACUGUGGCGGCCUCUGGCUGGCGUCCGUUUGUGUGAUGUGCAGAAUGGCGGAGGCCUUGUCGGACGGGCCGGCCCUGGAGAGGUACUCGGACAUCCUGGCUAAGGGCACGGCAGCCUUUGAGCGGCUGCUCUGGAACGGGAAGUACUACAACUACGACAGCGGCCGCGGCCCCUCUUCGGACAGUGUCAUGGCGGACCAGCUGGCCGGGCAGUGGUUCCUGCGGGCGUGUGGGUUGGGCGAGGGGCGGUCCGAGGUCUUCCCUCGCAGCCACGUGCUCAGCGCCCUGAAGACCAUCUUUGAGCUGAACGUGCUGGGCUUUUCGGGAGGGGCCAUGGGGGCCGUGAACGGCAUGCGCCCCUCGGGACUGCCAGACACCUCCAGCCUGCAGUCGGACGAGGUGUGGGUGGGCGUGGUGUACGCCCUGGCCGCCACCAUGAUCCAGGAGGGCCUGGUGCAAGAGGGCUUCCGCACCGCCGAGGGCUGCUACCGGACCGUCUGGGAGCGGCUGGGCAUGGCCUUCCAGACCCCCGAGGCCUACUGCCAGAGGAGGGUCUUCCGCUCGCUGGCCUACAUGCGCCCCCUCAGCAUCUGGAGCAUGCAGCUGGCCUUGGAGCGACAGGCGGCAGUAGGGCAGCCCUCCCCCGCCCUGCCUGUGGCCAAGUGAGCCAGGGGAGGAGGGGCAGGCUGUGGCUCCUGCUCCACGGGUGCGACCCGGUCUGCCCUGGGCAGGAUGAAGGAGCUGCUGGGCAAGGGGGCAGUUUAGACGUCUUGGCGUUCUUCAAUCUUCAACACCCCCCCACCCCACCCCCACCCCUUUGAUUUGCACACAAUCACGUUCUGUAUAAUCUGAAGUUAUUUUUAGAGGCUGAAUAAUUUUAAUGUAAAAUAAACGGAACUUGGCGAGAAAGCCUUGCA